AUGAAGUUGUCAGCUUUUGUUUUUGGAUGUGCCUCUGCUAAGGUUAUGUUCCACACGAGGAAUCCUGGAGAUUGCCAUGAUACCUGUGUUCUCAACCGAGUCUGUCAAUUCUGGACUUUUGACAACCGCAUGGACCCAGAGACUGAGCAAAGACGGCACGAGUGCCACCACCAAAACCACAAUUCAUACGAGAGUAUCCACGAUGCUGAGUAUAUGCAGUGUGGCUCUUUCUCCGAGCCACAGGGAGCCGUUCACAGCAAUUGCCGGUUUGAAUUCGGGGCGAACGACUUUGGUCGCAAGUUCAUCCAGACUCACACUCCAAAACAGUGCAUGCAGAUCUAUGAGCUUUGCCGUGAGUGCUCUGCUUAUGAAUGGCGUGAGUACGAUACCGUCACCGGAGAAAUCGAUGGACACUCGGUCACUGAACACGUUCCUGGACACUGUGUACUCCGAAUCUAA